AUGGAUUCUGAAAGCAGCAAGAAGUUUUCACCUCAUGCAGUGGAGUACAAGGGAAAACUUUCCAAGGAAGCUGCGAAAUGUCAUUACUGCGGAAUGCAUCCAUGCGACAGAAUGUUUCGUUUAGUCGUAAAUGAGUCUGAAUCAGUGAUGGCGGUUCUACAGGCCAACAUAGACUUUCUAGCAAUGCCGAACAAUGCGGUUAAAGAGUUUGUGGAUCAGGUUCUGACCAGCUCUGGAACCCUUGCGUUAGGCUGCGCAAUGGAACACGCGACCGACGGCUUCGACUAUGUGCUUUGCGUCCUGUCCAGUACCUGCUAUGUGCAGGAAAAAGGAAGAGAUUCAGAAAAUGCAGUGCCGGAAAAAUGUAUACCGUUUUGCCGACGCCGUUGA